AUGAAUGGUGUCUCGGCUGUGUUACCUUUUGAGAUCAUCCUUUAUGGCGACGGAAGCAAAACGGAACGGGUUGGUGUGAUUCUCAGUCAAAAGAAUUGCUUCCUGGUCACGCCUGUGGCUUAUGACCACAGUUUUGUCUAUGUCAAUCCACAUCAGACGGCCAAGCGUUCAUUCAAGCCCGCCAAUGGAGCCUUACAAUACGGCACUUCACUCUUCAAAACUGCAGAAGAAAUCAAAGAGGAGAUUCAGGGACUCUUUUACAGGAUUCAAAACUCUGAAAACCUCGUCUUAACAGCUUGCCCGGCGGGAGUCAAGACGCCCUUACUCAAGCAUCAAGCGCAAGCUUUAACAUUCUGCAUCGACCAUGAGAAGGAGGCAAGUCGUGACUCAAGUCUUGAACACUCUCUCUGGCGGCCCGGACUAAAGGAUGGCAAAACCUACUGGAAGAAUGCCAUUACACCACAGGUGCUCUACCGGCAGCCAAAGGAAUGUCGUGGAGGUCUCUUGGCAGACGAAAUGGGACUUGGUAAGACACUGUCUAUGCUCUCUCUCAUUGCACACAGCAAGGAAGACGCCAAAGUUUUUGCCCGUGCGCGAUUGGCAAAUGAAUCAGUAACGCGGACCCAGGCGACGCUCAUUGUCUGCCCGCUCUCGGUGCUGAGCAAUUGGACUGAACAGGUAAAGCUGCACAUGUCUAGCACACCAAAGAUUGUCGUGCACCAUCAAAAGACACGUACGUUUGACCCAAAAGAAAUGCAAGCAGCAGAUAUCGUCUUGACCACCUACGCUCUCCUGGCGCAAGAGUUCAAGGCCGCCGAGGAAGGCAAUCGCGAAACCAUUCUACCACAAAUGGAGUGGUACCGCGUUAUUCUAGACGAGGCGCACAUCAUCAAAGACAUCAGCACACAACAGAGUCAAGCAGCUGCGGCUCUAUCAGCACUGAAUCGAUGGGCCGUCACUGCAACCCCUGUUCAGAAUGGUUUGAAUGAUUUAAGUGCUCUCUUCAAUUUUCUGAAGCUCGAGCCUUUUGAUCAGCGCGCAGUCUGGUCACAAUACAUCUCACAGCCAAUGAAGCAAGGCGACCAAGUUGCCGUGACGCGAUUGCAAACACUCCUCAAGAUGCGCUGCUUGAGGCGUACAAAGGACUACUCUUCAGAUGGCAAGCCGAGUGAGGCACUCAUGCAAAUGGCGCCCAAGACGGAAGAGACGCGCCUGCUGAAACUGGAUGAUGAGGAACAAGAAAUCUACAAUACCCAUCUUGCGUACUAUCAGCGAAAAACGCGUGGCCUUGGCAAAGCGCAAACAACCAUCAAUGUAUUGCAUUGCAUCAAUCGCCUUCGCCAGAUUUGCCUGCAUACUGGCAUCCUUGCCACACUCGAUGCAAAGGAAGCUGAGACUUCUGCAGGUAAGAAUGAGAGCGCAUCGGAUGACCGGACUUGCGAUUUUUGUGGCGAAGAGUUGGUAACAGCUGCGCAAAAAGACGGGCAAUCCGCAUACUGCAAUACAGGCCGCUGUAAUCAUCAUUUCUGCAGCGAAGAUGGACAAGCACUACUAGACGAGGAAGCCGCUGACUGUCCACGGAAGAAGGACCUUGCGAUCCCGUACAGCACAAAGCUCAAGGCGCUCCUUACAGAUCUCGGUGCUAUGCUCGAUGAUGCUGAAGGAGAAGACGUCUCCAAAGCCAUUGUCUUUUCACAAUUUACAUCCUUCCUAGAUUUAUGUGGCGAAGCAUUGUCAGGAUUAGGAAUCCCCUUUGCACGUCUCGAUGGCAGUUUGUCUCGCGACGAACGCACUGCUCAACUUGCACGACUCGAGCGUGAUGCUUCAGCAGAUGGUGUUCGCGUUAUGCUUGUUUCAACACGCGCUGGUGGUGUUGGUUUGAAUCUCGUUGCUGCGAAUCGAGUCUUUUUCAUGGAACCUUGUUGGAAUCCAAGUAUCUAUGCACAAGCCGUUGAUCGUUGUCAUCGUAUUGGACAACGCAAACAGGUGGCUGUUGUGAGUUAUGUGGUGGAAGGAAGUAUUGAGCAGACCAUGAUUAAGUUGCAAUCACAGAAACGACAGUUGGCUGAUUUAUCACUUGCCAAGAAUUUAUCACAAGAGAGUGUCUUGGCAAAGUCACUGUUAUCACUCAAGACGCUCAUCAAGUAA